CGUUUUGAAACUGACUUGCAGUCUAGUGAAAAUGGCAACGGGCUGACAGUUUAGAGCUGCCGAGUGAAUCAGGCCACAAGUUACUUAUGCCGUACUUGGAAGAACAAUAUUCUGAAGACACCAUGGACGACAGCAAGCCAGAGGUGUCUGUCAUCGAUGUGUAUGACAUCGCGUCGGAAAUUGGCAAGGAGUUUGAGAAGAUGAUAGACGUCUAUGGGACGGACGCAGUCAUCAGUUUGAUGCCUAAAGUGAUCAACGCCCUGGAGCAGCUAGAGGGUCUGGCCACCAGAAAUGAACGCGAGACGAAUCAAAUUCAAGAGCUCAAGGCUCGCAUUGCACAGCUGGAGAAGGACAAGAUCGGCAAAGCGGAGGACCGACAGCGCUUUGAAAUGGAAUUGGAGCAAAUUGAAGAGCACUGGAGGGAGGAGUCGAGAGACCUCGAAGCAAUGGUGUCUCAUUUACAAGAGGAGAAUCGCAAACUGUCAUCACUUCUUGCUCAGAAACAAGCUGAAAAAUCUUCAGAUCCAGGUGCUUUGUUGAGCCCAGAGGUAGAUAUGGCAUUAGUACAGAGACUACGGGGUAUGGUGGAUCGCCUCAAGGAUCAGUUGCGACAAAGAGACCGAGAAGUUCACAGUAAACAAACUGAAGUUGAAUCUCUGUCUGCUCAAGUUGAACAGUUGACAAUUAUCAGCCGUGAGUUAAGACGCAAACAAAGGCUGGGGCAGGCACAGAUCCACUCACUCAUUGAUGAAAGAGCAGACUUUUUGGCCCAAGUGCAUGAUCAGCAACGAGAAGUAUCAUCAUUGAGGCAACGUCUGGGUUUGGCUGAGAAGGAGAAUGAAGAUUUGAGUAUAUCUGCUAACCCAGACCUAACUAAUAAAGUUAUGUAUGAUAAAGAUGAUCCUAAUCGACCAAGGUUUACAACUGAGGAGCUGAGGGAAAUUCUUCAUGAGCGAAAUGAGCUUAAAGCAAGAGUCAGUGAUUUAGAAGAUGAGCUGGAGAUGUAUAGACCAAAAGAUCCACCACAGAGCCCACAGGAAGAGGAGCUAAUGGUUGAGGGUCCUUUACCGCAAGAACCUGAUGAUGCCCCCUGGAAAAAGACGGAUUCUGGAAUACGCAAGUUCUUUCGUCGGCUGUUCAGUGAAGGUGUCACUGGUGGUGGUACCGCAAGUGUGCUGCCAUUUGUUGGAGGCAGUAGCAGCAGUGGUUCUAAACCCAUCCUUUCAUCUUCUCUCUCCAAGAUUGGUUUGUCUGGCCAUUUGUCUGCUUCUGGCGCCGCCGACACGACCGUCUGAUGGAAUAACCACAGCUCUCUGGGCAGGACUGGUCGACAUAGACACCGCUGGUAAUUUGCAGCUGCACACAAGUUUAUUGCGCCUGUGAUAUACAAUGCGUUAUAACACGCUCUAGACGGAUUAUAAGAGUUCCUUUUUCUUUUUCCUCUCUUCUUAAACUCAGCAUAGACUGAUACACAUGACCAAUGCUCCACAAUCUGCUUUUUAUCUGCGCCAUAUCAUUGUUUCUUUGAAAGAGCAAAUGAUGAGAGGUUUUCUUUGUAUUGCAUAUCGUUCUUUUAUUUUAAAUGUAUUUCAACUGUUUUUCCUGUAGAUUGCUUUUCUCCAAAUGUAUAUUCGAAUUGAAGUGUCGAAAGGUGAUAGUAAGAGUAAAAGAGGCUGUGGAAAAAUAUCUAAUUGAUUAUGAAAUAAAUAUUACCCUUAGAUGGUUUAUUCAUAUACAUAUAUUUAAUGUUGCUACUGAUCCUGUGUUGACACAGUUCAGUUGUUAUCUCUCAAUCAAACAUAACAUCACUUCUGUUUUGUGAAAUUGUAUUAACUAGCUGUAAGUUUUAAGCUUUUGGUGCUUUGUGAAGAAGUAUUAAGUAGUGUGUUAACUUUGUUAAUUUUUUUUUUAAAUUGUUUGCCUUGUUUUAUAUGUUGAAACUUAAAGAAUGUUGAUUUGCCAUUCUGUAAGAAGUUUUUCCUUUUCUUUGCGAGGCUUUAUUCGAAUCAAACAUUUAGCAUGUGGCCAUAACAUAGUGAUUGAUCAUGGACCUACUCUUUGUGUCAUAGAAUAUUUAGUAGGGAAUAUUCUACAAAGUCUCUUUAUCAUUCCAAUGAGAUGCCAAGUCAUGUGCAAUGUAAUACUACAUUAUGAGCACAAUUUUAUAAUUCUCUUUUAUUUUGUUGUUGAAGUAGUUAAAAGUAAACAGCAAAAUACCAAUUUUAAAUUUUAUAGGAACUUGCUUGGUUUGUAUUCUAGUAUGAAAAUAGAAUCUCUGAAUACUUCAAGAAUCAGAUUAUUUGUGAAUGUUCUCUUGAAGUCAAGAAGUAAAGACUUGUGUUAUUUAGAAGAGUUCUCUCAUGUCUCAAGUUCAUUUUAUGGUGGAGACUGAAUGAGACCGCUGGGGCCAUUGUGAUGCAAAGUAAUAUGGGUCCUGAACUAAGAGUUUCGUCUUAACUUCUUUCUUGAUACUUACGUUGAAUUUGUCUUCCAUAUCACCGCAGAUCUGAUUUUAUGUAGCCAUGAUUGUUUUGCGACUGUUUUGAAAUAUUUUUGUUUUGUUCAAAGCUUUAUUAAAUGAGCUAAUGUAUAUUUUCGAUGGAAAA